GGGGCGGGGGGGGGGCGGAGCCAACGACAGAGGAGACUCAAAAGCUGAUUUUCAGUAACCUUCAGUCAGAAGGCAGCAGCUUUCAUCCAGCUCUUCUUCUACUGAUCCGUACUUGAGGUACUUUUCUGGAGGAAAGAUGUCGGGCUCCUUCAGGCGUCUGAUCUCGGGCCGCAGCACGGCCGUGCUGCUGGCCAGUCUGGGCGCGGGCACCAUGGCCACUGGCGUCCUGCUGAGCGAGAACGGCUCCCUGGCUGCCGAGGCCAAGAAGAAGCUCUACCCUCCCAGCUCAGACUUCCCCGACCUGAGGAAACACAACAACUGCAUGGCCACCGCUCUGACUCCGGCCAUUUAUGCCAAACUGAGGGACAAGCUGACUCCCAACAACUGGACCCUUGACCAGUGCAUCCAGACGGGGGUGGACAACCCGGGUCACCCCUUUAUUAAGACGGUGGGCUGCGUCGCUGGUGACGAGGAAAGCUACGAGGUGUUUGCUGAACUCUUUGAUCCGGUAAUCAUAGACAGACACAACGGCUACGAUCCCAGAAAAAUGACACACCCCACCGACCUGGACGCCUCUAAGCUAAAACACGGGAUGUUCGACGAGAACUACGUUCUGUCGUCGCGCGUCCGGACGGGCCGCAGCAUUCGCGGGCUGAGCCUCCCCCCGGCCUGUUCCAGGGCUGAGCGGCGUGAAGUGGAGCGGGUGGUGGUGACCGCUUUGGCCGGCCUAAAGGGAGACCUCGCCGGCCGCUACUACAGCCUGGGCGACAUGACAGAGAAAGAGCAGCAGCAGCUUAUUGAUGACCACUUCCUGUUCGACAAGCCCGUCUCCCCUCUGUUGACGUGCGCCUUCAUGGCCAGAGACUGGCCAGACGCCAGGGGGAUCUGGCACAAUAAUAAUAAGACCUUCCUGAUCUGGGUCAACGAGGAAGACCACACCAGAGUCAUCUCCAUGGAGAAGGGCGGCAACAUGAAGAGAGUGUUCGAGAGAUUCUGCAGCGGCCUCAAACAGGUUGAGCAUCUGAUCCAGGAGAGAGGCUGGGAGUUCAUGUGGAACGAGCGUCUGGGAUACAUCCUCACAUGCCCGUCCAACCUGGGCACAGGCCUGAGGGCCGGGGUUCAUGUCCGCCUACCAAACCUCAGCAAGGACCCACGUUUCUCCAAAAUCCUGGACAACCUGCGGCUGCAGAAGCGAGGCACGGGCGGGGUCGACACGGCGGCCACUGGAGACACCUUCGACAUUUCCAACCUGGACCGUCUGGGCAAAUCCGAGGUGGAGCUGGUUCAGCUGGUGGUCAACGGGGUCAACUACCUGAUCGAGUGUGAGAAGAAGCUGGAAAAGGGCCAGGACAUCCAGGUGCCCGCUCCGCUGGUUAUGUUCAAGAAGUGAGAGCCGAACAUGUGAAGGAGAACCUUGGCUCUACCACUAGAGGCUGAUGUCUCAAAGAUUAUACAUCUUCAGGGUAAAAAAAAAAACAAGAUCUUCGACAUGACCUGCAGAAAAGUCUACCUCAAGUUAAGGAUUACCCUGACUUUAAUAAAAAAAAAUUAAAAACAA